AUGUCCGCAAAGCCCGGGACAUGUUUUUCCCACCUAAAGGCACCCAGCUUCCACACCAAUUCCGACAUGGCGGUUCAUACACAGGCUCUGCGGGCAGCCAGUCUGCAACCAAACGACCUGUUCAACUUUUGGAAGCAGAGCUUAAUUUCCCAUGAUGCCGCUCGAUUUAGGAUAGCAAUGCCUAACAUCUUGGAUCUCCCGUGGCACGUGUUCGAGGUCAUCUACAAAAAUCUCACCAAAGAUGGCGAUUUCUCCUGGCCAAUGUUCUCCAAUCAACCCCAGAGCGCUCCCGGCACAAGGAGCACGACGGGAAAGUUGAGACUGGUCUGUCGUCAAUGGGCAGAUUGGCUAUAUGUACAUCAUCUUUAUCGCACGAUGACCUUCGAAAGUGCUUCCCGAGCGAUGCGUUUCAUCGUCAACCAAAUCACCAGGCGUUCAAAGAGCCUUCCGCGUGCUAGAUGUCAACACCUGCAGGUCCUCGGCAUCCUAACUUGGGGCCCUGCACCACCUCAUCAAGGAUCACAACGCUCAAGCGGAUUCUCUCUAGCAUCGCGCAGGAAACCCGAAGAUACGAUCACUUUCGAAAUCUUGGAAGCCCUAGUCGAGCUGUUCUCCGACACGAUCGUCGAGCUCAAUCUGCGGUUUUGGAACGUAAUGUCGCUUCCACCACGAACGAUCGGGACGAUAGGGCGAAUCGAGAACCUGCGCGCCUUGAGACUCGGCCACGAGUUACCAGAAGUGGCUCCAGCUGCACCCCAGCCAAGGCUCUUUCCGCUUUACCACGAUAGUGAUGACGAGGACAUUGAAGAAGCAAUACUCCAGCAUAAUGCGCGACUCGACAUGGACGAAAUGUUUGGCGGUGGUGACCGACCUCCAACGGACAUGGAUCCUGUCAAGUCCAAAAUCGAUUCUGAUUGUUUCAAGUCGUUGAUACUAGCCACUCGAAAGUUGCAAUCACUCGAUAUAACUGAUUUGGAUCCAAUUUGUCUACCCAAGCCGAUUAAAUCCACGCUCUGUAGCCACCAUGUCCCGACAAUCACUCAACUCGAAGUUAGCCUAGAGGGACAGAGUCUAUCUAGACUCAUAGAUCUUUCUAUUAUGCUCAAAGGCACUUUGAACGUGCUUUCCCUACAGGAUCGCUGGCAAGGCAAUCACAGUCGAAACCUUGUACCCGUGUUUGAAAACCUCAGAGAAAAUCUUGAAGGCCUCUUUGUUACUGACGAAAAGAUCCUGAAACCGGUGAUGAAACUCAAAUUUCCGAAAUUACGUGUCUUCAAAACGAUCUUCUGGGAUGGCCAUAUUUCUAACCUUUUGGAGAAGCCAAUGAUAGCCUCCUCCCCCAUCGAGGUUCUUGCCCUUCAAUCAGAGGUCGUCGAUCGUAAACCGAAAGGAAAAUUCCGCGUCAAUCCGUUUUUGAACCUGCCCACUUUGAGACGACUAGUAUUCUGUGAAGUUCGUCCUGGUUAUUCGCCCCCUCCAGCAUACAUCAAGGCUUGUAAUGCUCGUCGCGUGAAAUGCGUUUAUCUGAGCCCCAGUGAUAGCGAGGAUGUGUCUUUGAUCAUGAAAUUAUGAAUUGAAUAUCUUGCGUGUUAUUUGGUAGCAACGUGGGAUUCCAUCUGCCGCUAGAUGAGACGUCAAAUCAAGUAUAUCGUCCUCCAAAAAGCAAGACCGAUGUCUAUCUAUUGAAUGUACAUCUGCUAUUUACCUAUUUACCCGUCAAAAAAAAAAAACUGAUGCCCGUCUAUUGAAUGCACAUCUGUUUU